GUCACGUGGGGGCGUGGCGGCGGCAGCGGCGGCCACGGCCACGGCCACGCGGGGUUCUGCAAGAGCUGCUCCGGACCGCGCUGCUUUUGCAGGCACCAUGGCUGCUGUGGACAGCUUCUGUCUCUUGUACAGGGAGAUCGCCAGGUCGUGCAACUGCUACAUGGAAGCACUGGCGGUAGUGGGCGCCUGGUACACGGCCAGGAAGAGCAUCACGGUCAUCUGCGACUUCUACAACCUCGUCCGGCUGCACUUUAUCCCCCGCCUGGUCAGCAGGCCUGACCUGAUAAAGCAGUAUGGCCGUUGGGCUGUCGUGAGUGGUGCCACGGAUGGUAUUGGUCGGGCCUACGCAGAGGAGCUGGCUGACCGCGGGCUCAAUAUCAUCCUGGUCAGCCGAAACAGGGAGAAGUUGCAGGCAGUGGCUCAGGCCAUCGCCGACACCUACCACGUGGAGACCGACAUCCUGGUGGCCAACUUCAGCCAAGGCCGUGAGAUCUAUGGCCCAAUCCGGGAGGCCCUGCAGGACAGAGACGUGGGUGUCCUGGUGAACAACGUGGGUGUGUUCUACCCCUGCCCGCAACCCUUUGCGCAGCUCUCCGAAGAUGGGCUUUGGGACAUCAUCAACAUUAACAUGGCAGCGGCCAGUGCCCUGGUGCACAUGAUACUGCCCGGCAUGGUGGCGCGGGGCCGUGGUGCCGUGGUCACCAUCUCCUCUGGCUCCUGCUGCAAGCCCACACCCCAGCUGGCUGCCUACUCGGCUUCCAAGGCAUAUCUGGACCACUUCAGCAGAGCACUGCAGUACGAGUAUUCCUCCAAAGGCAUCUUUGUGCAGAGCCUUAUCCCCUUCUACGUGGCCACCGGCAGUCCUGAUGGCUUCCUGCACAAAUGCUCAUGGCUGGCGCCUUCGCCCAAGGUCUAUGCCCACCACGCAGUGGCCACCCUGGGCAUAUCGAAAAGGACCACUGGCUACUGGUCCCACUCCAUCCAGUUCCUUUUUGCACAGUAUAUGCCUGAAUGGCUCUGGGUGUGGGGAGCGAACUUUCUGCUUCGUUCCUUCCGCAAAGAGGCCUCUUCCUUCGUGGCCUGAAGCCACAGUGGUGGGCAGUUUCGGCAGCAGCAGCUACCAGGACCGGUGGGACUGUGACAUUCCUAGGAGCACGGCGGUUUCCCUUCCAUGCUCAUCUUGAUGGACGAUUUAGCCAAGGCACACUUGACUCACCUCAUGCAAAGCGAACAAGUGCUUCCGGUGAAUCUGUGGCUGACUUUCAGGGGCCACGCUGGGCAUGGAUUGAGGACGCCUAAAUGGUGAUGCUUUGUCUGUCCUCAAAUGUUUAAAAGUCAUGUUGAGUGAUACCAGUGUUAGAGCUAUGGUAAUGUAGUUGUAACGUUAUCAUCUGUUAGCUCUUAUUUCAGACUUUUUUUUUCUUUGCCUUUUUUGGGCCACACCCAGCGGUGCUCAGGGAUUACUCCUGGCUCGGGCUCAGAAAUACUGCUGAUAGGAACAGGACAUAUGGAAUGCUGGGGGCUCGGUCU